AUGAAGAGCAUUCAAUUUUUGGAAGAUGCUCUUUAUCUGUUCGAUAAAGUUCCCAAACGAGAUUCCUCUCCCCUUUGUGGUUCUGUUACCAUUCACCGAUCGCCUUCUCGUGUGGUCAGCUCGAAAGCGUUUGCAGCCGCCAUUUUCCUUUUCGCCAUCGGGCUACGAAUGUCGCGAUCGAUUUGUGAGCUGAAUUUAAUCCCGAUGGAGAAAGAAAGGGGUGGUAAUUGUGAUGCCUACACGCAUACUAUUUUGAUUGACGGGCUUUGUCAGAUUGGCGAAAUUGAUGUCGCACAGAGACACUGGGAUCAUAUGAAAAUGCUGGGGCUCGAUGGUUUGGUUGCUUUUUGA